AAUGGUUCCAGAAGACCAACUCUCCAUUUUGCUAGCUUCAGCACUCAAUAGCUCCAUGAUUAAAGCCAGUCUAUUUUAUUGAUUGAAAAGGAAGGGGAGAAAACCCAGAACCUUUCUACUCUUCAGUGUCCGCUUCUCCAUCUGUAAAAGUGGUGGAAAAGCCUCCCCUGACCAUGUCCAGGCAAUUAGGGUGUAGCGGGCCUCUCCUGUUGCACUCAGUGACUCCGGCCAUGCUCUGUUACCUCAUCUCAUCAACUGGGAAAGUAUUUGUGCUUGUAGCUCCAGAGAAGGCGGCCACAAGUUAAAUUGAGUUACCUGUUCAGAGAUGGUUUCAUUUUCCACGGAUGGCCCUGGAGAUCCUUGAUGGAACUGCUAACUGCUCAUCACCCUUCAUGUCCCUAAAUGUCUGUCUGAGCAGGGAGCAUCGACACGGCAACAGCGAUGUGGCCCAGGUGGCGAAGACAUGGAUCCAUCUCCACUGUGGAGUGCGGUGAGAACAGCACAGCACAGCAAUUGUCUGUAUACAUGGCCGAGCAAGAGGACACACGCACACUUGCAUUCAGACAGCAGGAAAUCUGUUUGAACUCAACUCUGAUAAUGUUCAUCAGCUGAUACAACUAACGAAGAAACAUCUUUUCAAGGGAGGUCAAGAGGGAAUAGAAGGAUCCGAAUUCAGGAAACAUGACCCGUGGACUGUAUCCAGGUCUUCUACUGUUGCAGCUCUGUCUCCUCCAGGGUUCUCAAGAGACAUGUCCAUCUAUGUGCCUCUGUAUAUCUGACACAGUGAGCUGCAGCUCCAGUGGUCUGGCCAAGAUACCUUUAUCCCUGCCCCCCUUCUCUGUCACCUUUGACCUCAGCCACAACCAUCUGUCCUGGCUGGGUCCAGGCAGCUUCAACAGGAUGCCAAGGCUGGAAAAUCUCAGAAUGGCCCACAACCAGCUCAGCUCCCUUGGCAGUGGGGUGUUUAACAACGCCUCCGGCCUCAGGCUCCUUGACUUGUCCUCUAACAAGCUGCAAGUGGUAGAGCAGCAUUACUUCCAGGGGCUGUGGAGGCUGGAGGAGCUACUUCUCUACAAUAAUAAGAUCUCACAGGUGGAAGCUGGCACAUUGAGUGGUCUGAGCAGCUUAAAAAAGGCCUAUUUCAGCCUCAACCAUAUCACAGAUUUCCCCUUCUUCUCCAUCCAAGACCACAGUCAUCCUUUCCUGACCAUGCUGGACCUCUCGUCCAACCGUAUGGCUCGUCUGCCAUGGGAGGAUGUGAAAGCUUUGCCCAGGCUGGUACAGCGGGGGCUGUACCUCUACAACAACUCUCUGAUCUGUGACUGCUCCAUGUAUAGUGUGUUCUGGCAUUGGAAUCUGAGGGGCUAUGACUCACUGAAAGACUUCACAGAUGAGCACACUUGCAGCAUCUAUGGGGACCCACAAGCGACCAUCCGGUUCCUGCGACAUAACCGCUUCUUCCACAACUGCACUUUGGAAAAAGUUGUCUCACAGCCAGUGACAGUGCUCCUGUCCAAUGUGUUGGUUUCAGAGGGAGAAAGGGUGCGUUUAGAUUGCCAAACGUCCCUGAAUGGUGCAGACCUCUCAUUUACAUGGCUAUCCCCCAGCAGGGGGUACAUCACCCAAAGCAGCAUAAAUGACACUCUAAUUAGCCUGUUUGCUAAUGGUACCUUGGAGAUUCAAGCAGUCAAGGUCAAUGACUCAGGUCUGUACGUGUGCACAGCUCUGGAUAUUAAACAGGCACUGAAUGCAACCCGUGAGGUGAAUGUGACAGUGCUGCUGCCUGCAGCAGAGUCAUUCAACACCGGCUACACAACGUUGCUGGGCUGUGCGGUCACUAUGGUCUUCAUCCUCAUGUACCUCUACCUGACUCCAUGUCGCUGCAGCUGCUGUAAACAACCCAAACCUCCAGUUACCCCCAAUGCGACCUACGACGGCAGCACCCUUACUUCUGUUUUCUCCACCUCCACGAGAGACCAGCACAAAAUCCAAACUAACAAGCAUGUAGCAUUCAUGGAGCCAAUGAUAAGUGAAGAAGGAACAGCGUGGAUGCCUGAAUAUUGACGCUGAACAUGUGUUUUCUUUCCCUUUAUUUAGGUGGAAACAAAGCCUCUCGACAAAGCAAAACUCCUUACUCAGGAAUUAGCCAUGAGAUGCAAUAAGAACAUCAUGUCUCUUUCCAGACUGCCAGCUGCAGUUAAAAGUCCGCCGAACAAAAGAAAAAUAUCUCCUGUUCCAAUUCAGCUCUUCUCUGUCAUCUGGUCCGGUAGUCGAAAUGAAAGUUUCAACACUGGUUUAUUAUCCUCUGUGUACUGACGUUGCGAAAUCACAGUAGAGCCAUUAUCAGCCCUAAAAAUCAGCUAAUAACUUCUCUGCGUAUAGAACUUAGGUGGGAAUAAUUCUCGUGGGAUCAGCGGAAUAAUCUGGCUCACUUUUCAGACAGUGUUUAACAAGGAUUAAAAGCCCCAUGGAAAAAAAACGCUUCAAGUUUAUGACUGUAACGGACCGCAGAAAGUAAGUUCAGCCUGUGUAUCAUAGCUCAGCUCAGGUGCUCCAUAUUUAGUGUGGUAGAGACAGGCGCUAGCACCGCACCAGCCGAAGAUAACUUAAAUAUACAGCUUAU